AUGGCGCCGCAGAACGGAUCCGUCAAGGCUCGCCGGCCGCAGGUGCCCUCCAGCAAGCAGAUGCCCAAGCCCGUCGUUCCUGCGAUCCCUCUGCCCUACGUCAAACGCCAGGCUGCGGCCGCAGCAGCAGCAGCUCCCGUGACUGCCGCCGACGCCAACGCCAACGCCAGCUCGGAGGACAGCGCCCACAACGGCUCUCUUGAAGUGCGGGCUCCCGAAAUGAACCAGGCCUCCUCGCCCACUCUGAUCGCAGAUACGCCACACGCCAGCGAGUCACUUUCGGCGGGCAGCCCAGACUUCAAGUCCGCUGCCAAGUCCGGGUUACACGAAGCCUUCGAUUCGACCAAGGAAGUGGUGAUUGCCAGCAGCAAACCCGUCGCACGACCGAACCAAGCUACCGGUAAGAACAAGGGCUCGACAAAUCACACCGUACUCCCGACAAAUGUGCAAGAAGCUUCUGCUCCCCAGGUUGCACAAGAAGCCUCUUCCAAUAUGCAAACCCAGUUUCACGGCUCUGCCAUGAACGCUGGCCAGGAGGAACACAGACAGAGGCCAGCUCAAUACCUCCCUGUCAAGCUGGCCUCAUCGCAGCCUCCUCCGCCUGUGUCUCCGACUCGAUACCAGAUGCCGCCGCCCUUUCAACCGUCUCAUCGUCCGAUGGGCAUUGUGCCAAGCGGGGACAUGUCUCAUGGACCUAGGCCUCCCUUGCCGAAUGGGCCGUCUCAUAUGCAUCAAGCUCAUGCAAGCAACGGUAGCAUUCACUUUGGGGCUUUUCACGAUUCCCAAAGCUCCUCACCGGCGCCCCCGCACUCUGGAGGUAUCGCACCACCACCUGGUAUGCCAAUGCCAGAUGGACGGCCGCAUCCCAUGAUGCCUCCGAACGGAAAUGGAUUCCCACCAAUGGUGCCGUAUGGGGCUGACAUGAUGCCCGUUGCCAACUUUGAUGGCUACGGCCGGCCGAUGCCUUAUGCGCCGAUGGACUCUUACCCCCCGUAUGGCAACAAUCUAGGACCGUCGACGCCGCAUAGCUACCACGACUCUCAGUCUUCGGCUCACCAGGAGGAGACGGCCAUGUAUAAUCAGUAUCGCCCUGGGGCUAUGCCUAACGGCGUGGCGGUUGGGCCCAAUGAUGAGGCUCAGGGCCAAAAUCACCAGGGGAGAAUGUAUGGGCUGCCAGACUACCCCCGAAUGAUGCCCACCCCCGGCCUGCCUCCUCAUAUGGCCCAGGGUGACAAUGCUGAUGGAUUUAUUGGAUACUUGCAACAGCAAUUCGCGUCUCCUGAGCUGGCCGACUGCACACUUGAACUUCGCUACACUGAUGAUAGGGCGGCACCUGUGAGGAUCCCCGGCCACCGACUCGUCUUUGCUCGCAGCCUCCAGCUUUACAACUUGUUGCAAAAGCAGAACUUCCAGGCGUCCCCCAACGACCGAGCUCUGCAAACCAUUCUCCUCGAGACGGGCAGCAAGUGGAUCCGCUCGGAUUCGUUCUACAUGGCUGUUCAGCGUCUGUACGGUUUGCCAUUGCUGCACGCUCCUCCCCCUCGGCGCGUUGGCAUGGAGCCGGGUGACGUGACCGCCGCCGGAUCUGUCAAUGAACAGCUUGACUUUGCCAUCUCCUACGCUGCGGCGGGCCACCUACUCGACUGGACCCCAGUCGUUCGACGUGGCUGUGAAGUUGCUACUCAUCUCUUGACCUGGGAGACCCUGGAGCGGGUGUUGGAGUUUGCGCUGGAAGGUUAUAGGGACAAGGGCUCUCACGAGAUCUACCAGUAUGGCAACGGAUCCCAGGUGCUCCUCAAUGCCGUUGUCACCUUUUUGGUUCACAAUUUCCCCUCGCACUUCAAUCUCGACACAGAGGCCACGGAAUUUGUGCCAUAUAGCCGACUGCCCAUCAGCCCGCCGCCACCGGCCAAAGACUCUCUUGACAACGAUAUGCUCUCAGCAUCCGCUGAUGGAUCCUCUGUGCAGCUCGGAAAGGGACGCCGUCCUCAGAAGCUCAACGGUAUCCAGUUUGGCGACUUGGCCUUUACUGAAGGCAAGAAUCCGGCGGACGCAAACACGCCCAAGGCCACGCGCGCCGCUCAGCCGGCAUCAUUCUCGAUUCUGUCUCGCAUCCUGGUUGAAAUUCCCUUUACUCAGCUCAAGAUGAUACUGGAAUCCUCUGGAUCUGGUAACGUCAACGGCUGGGCGAAUGCGGAAUCUCGUUACCGCAUCAUCAAGCUUGCCGUUGAGGAGCGUGAAUCGCGCCGCCGCUGUGUCCUGGACGCCGUCUUGUCCGGCAGGGUUGCCGAUGCCGAAGCCAUCCGGGCAGGCCUCUGCAGUCCCGAGCCGAGGGACCUGGGCUGGUGGACGGCCCUGGGAUGGCAGGAAGAGAUGCUGCCCUAUGGUAACCCGGAUGGCCCAACCUUGGCACGCAAGUGGGUUCCGUUGAUGGAGGCCCAAAACGGCCCCAUGUCCAACGUGACCGAGUAUCCAUGA